UGCCUCCCCUUGCCUCUGGCUACUGACAACACCUCCCAGCCGUAGCCAGCCCACUGCGAGCUGCUCACAAUCAUUGAGCACAGCCAAGACAGGCAGGCAUGCAGACUGCAUUAAACUAACACAGCUCCAUUCUGCUCACACAGCCCAAGAGAAAGUGCCCUCUCGUCUUGUUGCCUCUGCUUUUAAAUUCCACUCAUCCUGGAUGCGGUUGCUGGAUUCUGCAGAUCACGUCUUCAUGAGCAAGCAGCACCCGUCCAAGAUUUCACAGCAUUUACAGGUCACAGAUCUGCCACUAUGGUUAAAUGUCUUGUUUAAUGGUUGAGAGGUGUGGAGCAAUCUCAUUUGAAAGUCCAGAUCAGAAUUCUUUAUGUGUUCGCAUGCUAGAUCCACCCCCACCCUCUGCCUCUCUCUUUUCCAAAGAACUGUUCAGCCAGCAGGGACCUUGAAAGUGCUUUUGGUAGUUUUCUUUCCAGGGGAAAUCGUGAAGGAAAAAGAGGAAAACUUUAGGUAGAGGACUGUCUCCAAACCUCUACUACUCUGGACUACAGAGUCACAAAGAAGUCUUAGGGUGGAGACCGGGAGUACUACAGUGGUACUGGACCUGUUCUGCAGCCUCACCUUGACUUCUGGCACUGCAAAGCACAGUCAGGAGGAUGCCUGUGUUAAACAGGUUCUUGAGCUCAGAGUUUGGUAGGAGACUGAAAGUGAGCGAAGAACUACUUCCUACCUCUGUGUGGACCCUCUCCACCUACCAGCAAAGAACCUUCACUCUGGAGCUGCCUGAAUUAAUCAAACUGGUCAAACUUCUCUGGAAAUCAAAGCACAAUCUCCAAGGACCAAAAAGGAGAGGGGUAUUUGAAAAUGAGGAUGCCCUGUCUAAUAUUCCAGGAGAUGGAAGAGUAAGAGGGCCAACCGGGGUACUCUCCGAGCGUAGAGGGUCGUUCCCAUUCAUAGAUUUCCGAUUGUUGAACACUACAGCACACUCAGGUGAAAUUGGCACAAAGAAAAAAGUGAAAAGACUCUUGAGUUUUCAGAGAUAUUUUCAUGCUUCCAGACUGUUGCGUGGAAUUAUACCACAGACUUCUCUGCAUCUUUUGGACGAAGACUAUCUGGGACAAGCCGCGCACAUGUUGUCAAAAGUUGGAACAUGGAAUUUCGACAUUUUCCUGUUUGAUCGACUUACCAAUGGUAACAGUUUGGUAACACUUUUGUGCCACCUCUUCAACAGCCAUGGACUUAUCCAUCAUUUUCAACUAGAUAUGGUCAAACUGUACAGGUUUUUAGUGAUGGUGCAGGAAGAUUACCAUAGCCAAAAUCCAUACCACAAUGCCGUUCACGCAGCUGAUGUCACUCAAGCCAUGCAUUGCUAUCUAAAGGAGCCCAAGCUUUCUAGGUAUCUUACUCCCUUGGAUAUCUUUCUGGGGCUGAUGGCAGCUGCUGCUCAUGAUGUAGAUCAUCCAGGAGUAAAUCAGCCAUUUCUGAUCAAAACCAAACAUCACCUUGCUAGUUUGUACCAGAAUGUGUCUGUUUUGGAGAACCAUCACUGGAGGUCCACAGUGGGUAUGCUCAGAGAGUCAGGGCUCCUUUCCCACUUACCAACGGAGACGACGCAGGACAUUGAACAACAGUUGGGCUCACUCAUUCUGGCGACAGACAUCAGUCGACAGAACGAGUUUCUUGGUCACUUUAAAUCUCAUCUGGACAGCAACGAUUUGAGUCUGGAGGAUGCAGAACACAGACACUUCAUGUUGCAGAUUGCUCUCAAGUGCGCUGACAUUUGCAACCCCUGCCGGGUGUGGGAGAUGAGCAAGCAGUGGAGUGAGAGGGUCUGUGAGGAGUUCUACAGACAAGGUGACCUAGAGAGCAAAUUUGACCUUGAAGUCAGUCCCUUGUGUAAUCAGCAAAUAGACACAAUCCCUGGAAUACAAAUAGGUUUCAUGACAUAUAUAGUAGAACCACUCUUUGAGGAAUGGAGCCGAUUCACAGACAACAGUGCCCUGUCGGAAGUGAUGAUGAGCCACCUCAGGAAGAACAAAGCACGGUGGCGGCAUCUGAGACACAAGCAACACCACAGAGAAGAAGACAGCUCCAGUCUGUCUCUGAAUGAGGGGGUGGAAGGAGGUGGACCAUGAUCAAGAAAAAAGGGCCUUUCGUCAACCUGGGAACAACAUUUUUUUUUUCUCAUGGUGAUAUCCAUGAUGAAUUCUAGGAGCUGCAGGGCAUACGUAGCAUUGCCAGAAAUAAAGGCAAAAGAAGCACCAAAAAUGAGGAUGAAAAGAAGCAAAUGAAAGAUCCAACCAAGCCCCUCAUUUUCCUUAUCUUCCUGUCUUACUAUGUUCUUCUCCGGCCCAUGGGAUGGGAGGUUUUGAGGCUUCCACCAGCUAAGUGAACCAGCGGGCGUUCAUUUUCUGAAAUGAUACCAUUGAAAAAAGACAAAGCGAAGGUGAAGGAAAACAAGUAAAUAAAGGCUCUUGGGAAAGAAGAGGAUAAAAAAAUCUCCACAAUUCAAAUUUCUAAUGGCAGCUGGGCUGCACACUGGGAACUACUGAAAAGACAUUAUGUGUAAAAACUCAGUUUUUUAAGUAUUAAGUAUUUCAGAUUCUUUUUAAAAGUUACAACUCUUUUCACUUUUUUCUACAGUUUGCAUCGGUAAUGGAUCGUCAGCCCACUUAGUAUGAAUUAAAUUCCCUUUAUUAAAUCUUCAAUUAAAAAGCACUUGAACACAUUUAAAACAAGACUCUAUUUUUUAAGAAACAAAAGGUAUGACCUCACCAAGCACCAUGUCGACCUUUUUGCUUUUUAUAUACUUUUAUGUCUGCUGGUAAUGGUUACCGUUGUACAUUUUGUAAAUGAUGAAGCUACUGAUUCACAUGCCAAACUACUGUAGAAGAUUGGUACCUGUAUAAAGUAAGGUGGCAAUUGCUACUAUUAAAUGAAUACUGUUAACUUUUAAUACAAAGGGUAUUUGCAAGUAGUUUAUAUACUGUAGUUUCAUAAUUCAUUAUUGUGCACACACAUAAUGAAGCCUUAACAUUAUCAUUCUAAAUUGUUGCUUGUUAGCACAAACUUUUAAAUUAUUUAAAUUGUAUUUUUUUAAGAAAUUCUAAAUGCAUGUUCAAAAGGAACUGAGAGUUAAAUAUAGCAGGGCAUUUCUAACAUCUCUCUGUUCUCAGAUGUUCUCAAACAUUCCUCUUCCUUUCUGUGCUCAUUUGUGUUUUCCAUACUCCAACUCUUUUCAAGCCAGUAAGCUCACAUGCUGUGAUCAUUAAAUGUUCACAUUUUUCUAAAAUUUAAAACAGACUUUCAUUAUUAAUCAUGUUUUAAUUCAAGUGAGUUAGAUAAAUGUUCUAAAAUGACAUGAUGUACAGUGUCCUUUAAAAACAUCUACAUGUCAAAACUGCUUUACAGUGAAACAACUUGCAUUCGUGAUCAUGAAAUUGAUGUGAAUGAUAAGCACAAUGGUUUAUUUUUAGGGAAUUCCAUGCAUAGAAAUGUUCAAUGAGUUAAACUCAACUCAUUGUGCACUAAAAUAAGAAUUUAGUGUUCAAUCCAGCAAUUUCCAGUUGCCAAGUAUUGUGACACAUUCACUUGAGGAUUAAGUUUCAUAGUGUAAAACGUGCUGAUCGAAUUUUAUUUGAUUGCCUGUCUCUUUGAAGGAAUAACAGGAUGAAAAUCUACAUCCCACCGGGCUUAACAAACUGGAAUCAUUUAAGACACUUCACUGCAGCCACUUUGAGAUUUGGGCUAUUCUUGCUCUGACUUAAACGCUUUCUUCAGCAUGCAAAAUGCAUGCUCAAUCGAUUUUAAAUCAGUCACUAGACAAGUAGCCAAGUAGUUUUACAUUUUUUUUCUCCUGAUUAACUGCUUAGUAGCAUUGACAAUAUACCAUAUGUUACUUUAUGCAAUGCUGCAUAGUGAAAUGGCACCCAGAAAGUAUGGAAGCAUUUUCUUCUACGUAACCAGUCAUAACACUUCCGAGAUAUCAGAUUCUGUCCUGCUACUUCCAUCAUUAUCAGUAAUAUAAAGAUGAAGGAACCAGUUCCAGACACUACUAUUACCUUAACAUUACCUCCACCAUGCUUGACAGAUGAGGUGAUGUUCCUGUCUUUCUUCACACUUUAACCUUGUUAUCACUUCAAUAUAGUUAUCUUGGUCUCAUCUGCCCAUAAAACUAUUUCAUACUGCUCUUUCAUGGCCCAUCUUUGCACUUCAGAGCAAAUUCUAAUAUGGAUUUUCUUGCUGCCGAGAGGUUUGCAUUAUGUGUUGUAACCUGCUGCCUCAACCGUCUGUAAACUGAAUUUUGAUACCUUCACCUAAUAUCUAGUGGUUAUAAACUGCAGAUAUUCCUUUCUUGGACAGUAUAUUCCAAAUAGUUUUUAGUAUGCACAGUUUCUGUGCUGUGGUUCUGAUUGUGUUUUUUUUUAUUCUUCAGUCUGCUUUUCUUUAAUAGAAAGUUAUUUGGUUUUUAUUUAGACUUUUGACUGUUGACUCCAAGUGACAAAGUCAUAGUCAGACAAGUUGAUUGGAUGUUCACAGAUCUUUUGACUGUCUAAUUACCCAAUAAUACCUGAGAUAAAGGGAAAAUCUGCUAACCAAAUGGCUAUAGCACUUUUAAAAUGAAAUUAAAAACAAUUUAAUUGCCCUAGAAGGCAGAACUGACUUUAUUAAAAAUAAAAUACUUAUGAGUUGUGCUCAUCAGUCAUGUUUUUUUCCCGACAAAAAAUGAUUAAAGACAAAACUCUACAAUUAACUGUACCUUUCAGAGGGCACUAUAUAGUUGUCAUGACAAACAUGCUAUUGGUUCCAGUACUGGUUUAUGACAGUUUUAAUGGCUUUUGAGACAUGUAUACUGUGCCCUCCAUAUUCAUUCACAAUACCCCACAUAUUGUGGUGAAAACCCCACAUCUGUAAAAAAUAUAAUUUUAAGAGGAAGUUGUAUCCUGCAGAAGAAAUGUGUAAUUCACAUCAGAAGAUGAUUUACAAACUAUGAGCUACAGGGGUGUAAAUAGGGCUCUCGUAUUUUUUGGGAAUCCAGUUUUGUUAUGUGCAAUAGUGUUAUAAUUAUGGUAAGAAGUAUUCAAGAAUUGUUGUAAGCAAGACAGGUAUACUGUACAAACCAUCAUAUAACAGUAAGUUAUGGAUUGAAUACUAUUUUACCAGAAUUAUAAAUGUGGAGGGCACUGAAGAUAUCAGAUGCCCUGAUUAAGCCCAUUGUGAUAUUUUCCCCAAUUCUAUCACCAUUUACACUGUUUCAUAUUUUAAUAGCUGCAAUAUGCCUGUUAAGAUUGCUUUAUAUGAUGAGGUCGAUAGUGUCCGAAAGACAAAAGUACUUCAAUCCCAAUCUAUCUUACAAAUUGUCAUACCUAAAACUAUACAUAAUGUUUACUGUACAUUUACACACAGGGCUGUCAUGUUAAAUAUUUUCAACAUGCAGAGCAUGUUGUUCCAUCACACUGCAUUAUCUGCUUUUCUGUUUAAAUAUAUUAUUGAAGCAACACCAUAUUGCCAUGAUACACUGCACAACUUCAGUUGGUUUUAAAACCUUGAAACUUACACACUAAUGCUGUCCUGGAAGAAUGUUUUAUUAAGUACACACAUACCAUAAUUACUCAUACACUGCGAUGUUAAAGUGUGUACAAUGUAUUACGUACUUUAAUUCAACCUAUUCUGAAACACUGCAUACCAUCUUACCCUACCUGCAAAAGUACAAAAAUGAAUGAAUUACCCUUGCUCCCUAAUCAAGUUAAACUAUAGUGACAUUUCAGAUACAUCUUCGUUUGUCUGGGUCAAGUUAGACAUUCUAUAUUUACAUCCAUUCAAAAUGAUGUUUCAGACCAUCCUGAGUAACGUUGGGGUAACUACUCCUGCUAAUAUGUAAUAUGAAAUAUUGUUAAAGAAAUGUAUUUUUCCGAUUGCACUUUAAGUGCAUCUCAUGUCCCGUAAACCAUUUUGUAAAUAAACUAUUUUGAAAAUAAAAAUAUAUUUUAUAAUUUACAUUGGCACAAUAAUAUGAUAUGUAGGCUCUUUAUGCAUUAUUUUAACAAAUGUACAGAACAUCACACAGUGUCUUCUAACCUUAACCUUUGGCUUGGGGGGGGGGGCUAUAGUUUUCUCAAAUCCCAAGGUUCAUAUUUCACGGUUGUUUCUGAAAUAGUUUUCUGGGCUAACACUGUAAGUACCUUUAAAGAUAUUUAAUACUUAAGAUUAAGCAACCUUGUUGUCAUUUGUAUCUAAGAAAAAAAAAGUUCAGUUCCUUCAGCCUCUCAGCAUUGAACAUUUCAAAACAUGAAGACCACAAUUGUGCAGACUAUUCUAAAUGAGGUCUUAAUAGUGAAUUUCACAAUUUUAACAUCCCUCAGUUUAAAUCGUACAUCUCUAUUAUCCUGGCAUUCUGUUUUUUAUUGCUUGCUCACACUAUUUUUAGAAAAAUAUGACAGCAUAAACAUCCAGUUCUUUUUCAUAGGUAGCAUCUUUACUCUCAGCCUUCCCUACCUUAUAUCAAUAACACUAGCUCUCACUGGUUUCAAGCCAGCCUUUCAUGCCCGUGUGAGGGAACAUUCAUAAUCUGAAGACUGAUGUAUGGCUUUAGUCAAUACCCAGCCUGACAAUGAAAACCCUCUUACACAGUGCCAGAUGCAAAGGAUCCACAAAUGAUAUUAAACAAUUCACAGAAUAUGGGCUCAGUUUGUACCAUUACAUUUUAGUUUGACAGGAAAACAAAUGAGCUGCAUUAUAUCUCUCAUUGCAUUGUUAGAACAGUUGAUAUUCUUCUAUUCUUUAACAAAUGUUCAAAGUUUUUCCAUUCUUACAAGAACAUUUUAUACAUUUCAAACCAACAACUGAAAUUGAGCAGGUGAUUCUGCAGCAGUAUGACCAAAACCAUUAAA